UAUAUAGUAGUUGUAAACAACUGUCUUAUCUACAUUCUACAAUCAUGUAUACACAUUGCUACAUGUGUAACGUGAUAAUCAUCAUUUAACUAAGUCAAACCACGUUUGGGCAAGUUAAUUGAGACGCGUUUUCUGAUUGAUGAGAGAAAUCGAGUCAAAGGAAGCCUAUAAAACGGCUUCUUCUUCUUUUCCAUCAUCACCCAUUAAUCUCUUCUCCUUUAAGACAAAUCUUGUUUUUUUUUUGUUUUUGUUUUGUUAUAUAUUCUUAUUCUUCCACAAAGAAGAAGACAUUCCGCGGACAUGGCGGGAAACGGAAACACUGACGGAGAAUUCAGUUUCUCGGCUGCGGCUGCGCGUGAUGCGCUUCCUAGGAUCACCACGGAGAAGGGAGCCAAGUCUACGACGUCGAGUGACGUGUGCCACGACGACACCGCGUCACGAGUCAACUUUCAGACCAUCGAUCAGCUCCACAGUCUCCAGAAGAAACGAUCUGCACCGACCACUCCUCUCAAAGAAGGAGGUGGCGUAGUGAUGGGAACCAGUGGCCCUACCACUCCUGUCUCCGGUGAGAGUAUGCUUCAAUCCGUCAGUGCAUCGUUGGCUUCGUUGACGAGAGAGACAGGACCGAAGGUAAUCAGAGGAGAUCCGACGUCGGCGGCUAAAGUGAUGGCACACGUGCCACAAACUCCUACGUCAGCUCCGGCUGCUGACGUCAGUGACAGUUCUCUGAAAUUCACUCACGUCCUUCACAACCUCUCUCCCGCAGGUAACCAUCCAAAACGCAGACCAUCUUCAUUAACAAGAUUUGAUUACAUAUUUUACAAAACAAAACGUCACAUUUUGAAUUUUAUGGUUGCAGAAUUGUACGAGCAGGCGAUAAAAUAUGAGAAAGGAUCGUUCGUGACAUCGACCGGUGCGUUGGCCACUUUGUCGGGAGCCAAAACUGGUCGGUCUCCUAAAGACAAGCGUGUAGUUAAGGAUGAGACAACUGCGUCCGAGCUCUGGUGGGGCAAAGGAUCACCAAAUAUCGAAAUGGAUGAACAAAGUUUUUUGGUGAACCGAGAAAGAGCUGUUGAUUACUUGAACUCUUUGGACAAGGUGUUUGUGAAUGAUCAAUACCUAAACUGGGACCCAGAGAACAGAAUCAAAGUCAGAAUAGUAUCAGCAAGAGCUUACCAUUCACUUUUCAUGCACAACAUGUGUAUCCGUCCAACAGCUGAAGAGCUAGAGAAUUUCGGGACACCUGAUUUCACGAUCUACAACGCUGGAAAAUUCCCAUGUAACCGUUUCACCCAUUACAUGACAUCAUCGACAAGUGUCGACAUAAACCUAGGAAGAAGAGAGAUGGUGAUUCUAGGGACACAAUAUGCUGGAGAAAUGAAGAAAGGACUUUUCGGUGUGAUGCAUUAUCUGAUGCCUAAGAGAAAGAUUUUGUCUCUUCACUCUGGUUGCAACAUGGGCAAAGAAGGCGAUGUUGCUCUUUUUUUUGGUUUAUCUGGAACCGGAAAAACUACGUUGUCGACAGAUCAUAACCGAUAUUUGAUUGGAGAUGAUGAGCACUGUUGGAGUGAGACUGGAGUCUCGAACAUCGAAGGUGGUUGUUACGCGAAAUGCAUUGAUUUAUCGAGGGAGAAAGAGCCUGAUAUCUGGAACGCUAUCAAAUUCGGAACUGUUUUGGAGAAUGUUGUGUUUGAUGAGCACACAAGAGAAGUGGAUUAUACAGACAAAUCAGUGACGGAGAACACACGUGCGGCUUAUCCUAUUGAGUACAUCCCUAACUCAAAGAUACCGUGCGUUGGACCACACCCUAAGAACGUGAUCUUAUUGGCUUGUGACGCUUUUGGUGUGCUGCCGCCAGUUAGCAAGCUGGAUCUUGCUCAGACUAUGUAUCAUUUCAUCAGUGGAUACACUGCUCUCGUUGCGGGAACAGAGGAAGGAGUUAAGGAGCCAAGAGCGACUUUCUCGGCUUGUUUUGGUGCUGCUUUCAUUAUGCUUCACCCAACCAAAUAUGCAGCUAUGUUAGCCGAGAAAAUGAAAGCUCAAGGAGCCACCGGUUGGCUUGUUAACACCGGCUGGUCUGGUGGAAGCUAUGGAUCUGGAAGUCGAAUCAAGUUGGCGUAUACAAGAAAGAUUAUUGAUGCUAUACAUUCGGGUAGUCUCUUGAAUGCAACUUAUCAGAAAACUGAGAUUUUUGGUUUGGAGAUUCCAAAUGAAGUUGAAGGAGUGCCUUCUGAGAUUUUGGAGCCUAUGAAUGCAUGGGAAGACAAAGUGGCUUAUAAGGACACAUUGUUGAAGUUGGCUGGUUUGUUUAGAAACAAUUUUGAGACAUUCACAAGUCAUAAGAUCGGAGAAGAUGGAAAGUUGACUGAAGAGAUUCUUGCAGCUGGUCCAAACUUCUAAAGUGAUGAAGAUUAUGAUGAUGAACCAAUAAUGUUUUCAAAAAGUACAACAACAUAAAAAAUAAAGUGAAUAAAGGAGAGAGUCCACGAAUUUCAAGAAAACUCCAUUUGAUUAUCGGUCAUAUUUUUUCCAAUUGAAAUUCUUUUCAUGAAUGUUUGUUUACUUACAAAAUAAGUUUACAUGCUCUGUUCAACCAAACUAAUCUAAGUAUCAUUUCUUCACAUAGUUGCAAUGGUAGCAAGUAUUUUUUUGGUUCUUGUAUUGUUGAUCUAGGUUUCUUGGGAUUUAUCUUGGAUUCAAAUAGCUGCAAAGGUAGCAAUUAUGAAGUGUGUAUGUAAACAAUGAUUGGUUUUCAACUUUUGAGUUAAAUGUAAGAAACUGAAACAGUGAAACCUAUCAUUCACAUGCAAAAUAUCUAUAAAUCAAAAGUCUUCAAUGUUUUUCUGAUGAGAUCGUUUCCUAACUUUAUAUUUUAUUUAACAUGAGUCAGAAUAAACCCCAUAUAUUGUAAAAACUAUGAAAAUUGACAUUAUUCGGUUAUGUGUGUUUUGGUGCAGUGGGAAGACAAAGUGGCUUAUAAGGACACAUUGUUGAAGUUGGCUGGUUUGUUUAGAAACAAUUUUGAGACAUUCACAAGUCAUAAGAUCGGAGAAGAUGGAAAGUUGACUGAAGAGAUUCUUGCAGCUGGUCCAAACUUCUAAAGUGAUGAAGAUUAUGAUGAUGAACCAAUAAUGUUUUCAAAAAGUACAACAACAUAAAAAAUAAAGUGAAUAAAGGAGAGAGUCCACGAAUUUCAAGAAAACUCCAUUUGAUUAUCGGUCAUAUUUUUUCCAAUUGAAAUUCUUUUCAUGAAUGUUUGUUUACUUACAAAAUAAGUUUACAUGCUCUGUUCAACCAAACUAAUCUAAGUAUCAUUUCUUCACA